GGGCAAAGGCCAAGGUAGCAGAAGCCACUGAUUUCCUGUCACCUGGUAUCUAUCAGAGGCCCCAGGCCUGCCCUAUGUCACUCACCUCCUGUGUACGUGGGACACCAGCAGUGGAAGUGAACUCGGCAGCCAGCAUCCCAGUCAGCCUUGAGACCUAAGGCCUCAGACACUCAGGAGUUCUGAGGGUGAAAUGGCGACACCCAGAAAUUCAAUGAGCGGAACUCUCCCAGCAGAUGCUAUGAAAGGUCCGACUGCCAUGAAUCCUGUUCAAAAAAUAAUUCCCAAAAAGAUGCCUUCGGUGGUGGGCCCUACACAAAACUUCUUCAUGAAGGAAUCUAAGCCACUGGGGGCUGUCCAGAUUAUGAACGGGCUCUUCCACAUGGCCCUAGGUGGCCUCCUGAUGAUCCACAUGGAGGUCUAUGCACCCAUCUGUGUGACUGUGUGGUACCCUCUCUGGGGAGGUAUUAUGUAUAUCAUUUCUGGAUCACUCCUGGUAGCAGCGGAGAAAAACCCCAGGAAAAGUUUGGUCAAAGGGAAAAUGAUAAUGAACUCACUGAGCCUCUUUGCUGCUAUUUCUGGAAUGAUUCUUUUGAUCAUGGACAUAUUUAAUAUUGCAAUUUCCCAUUUUUUUAAAAUGGAGAAUCUGAAUCUUCUUAAAAGUCCCAAGCCAUAUAUUGACAUCCACACCUGUCAACCAGAGAGUAAGCCCUCUGAGAAAAACUCUCUGUCUAUAAAAUAUUGUGACAGCAUACGAUCUGUUUUCUUGAGCAUUUUUGCCGUGAUGGUGGUCUUUACCUUAUUCCAGAAACUUGUGACAGCUGGCAUUGUUGAGAAUGAAUGGAAAAAACUGUGCUCCAAACCUAAAGCUGAUGUAGUUGUCCUGCUAGCUGCCGAAGAAAAAAAAGAACAGCUAGUUGAAAUAACAGAAGAAGCGGUCGAGCUGACUGAAGUAUCUUCCCAACCAAAGAAUGAAGAAGACAUUGAAAUCAUUCCAGUCCAAGAAGAGGAGGAGGAAACGGAAAUGAACUUUCCGGAACCUCCUCAAGACCAGGAACCUUCACCGAUAGAAAACGAUAGCAUUCCUUAAACUAUUCUUUUUCUGUCUUCUGUUUCCUUUUCUUAGGCAUUAGUGUUCACAGCUUCCAAGAGACGUAUUCACCCUCAUUUCCUGAGGCCCUCUGCAGGCACCCUCCACAUGUCUCUCUGGCCUUCGCACGGAGUGACCACAGCUCACUGGCACUCGCUCGCACUCGCUCGCUCUCUCACGCAGAGAAUCCAGCCAUGGCAGGCGACUAUGUCGGCACGUUUCCUGUCUGGGGCAGCUUACUGAAAUUCAAACAAGGCAGAGCAAGGGCUGCACCUCGGCAGUGCUCACCGGCCUCCUUCCCGGGCGAGGCUUUGCAGUAGCGGUCGGAGUAGAGGCUCCACCUCGUCCCUCUGCAACAGAGAGACUCUGCCCCUGAUGAAAAAGAUAAACCACUGUGCAGGCCAUCCCUACACUUCCUUUAAUUCGUUCCACAUCUACGUAUGUUGUGGAGUCCCUUGUGCACCACUGUCCUAAAGAGAGUAAAAAGUAAUGGUAGGGAGGU